CUGGUUCACGACAGUGGACUUGCAGGACGCCUACUUCCACAUUCCCAUAAAACCAGGGCACCAGAAGUAUCUUCGGUUCGCCUUUCAAGGGAAAGGCUAUGAGUUCCGUGUACUGCCGUUCGGCCUAUCCCUAGCGCCACGCGUUUUCACGAAAUGCCUGGACGCUAUCCUGGCCACUCUGAGACUCAACGGUAUCAGAAUUCUAAACUACCUGGACGACUGGCUCAUCUGUGCGGAGUCGCCAGGUCAGGCGCUGCAACACACGGAACUUGUCACCGAUCACCUAUCCAGACUAGGUCUGAAGGUGAAUCAUGCGAAAAGUCAACUGACGCCAGCUCAAGUAGCGCGCUACUUGGGUUUGAGUCUGGACGCCCGAUCCAUGACAGCAGUGCUGUCGGACGACAGGGUGUCAAGCAUAUCAGCCUGCCUAGACCUAUUCCAGUUAGGCAGAGCUUUACCAGUGGUGACAUUCCAGAAACUUCAGGGCCUGAUGGCAGCAGCUUCUCAAUCCCUUCCCCUGGGCCUCCUGCAUAUGCGGCCCCUUCAGGCCUGGUUCAACAGGAUGGUCCCUCACCCAAUGCUGAACCGCAACCGUUUGGUGACAGUGUCCAUAUAUUGUCUCCGAACUCUCUCUUGGUGGAAACAACCGGCCCACCUACGCCUAGGCGUCAGGCUGGGAGCGGUCACAAGAAGAGAAGUCGUUACCACCGACGCCUCCAACCAUGGUUGGGGUGGGGUGUGGAACGGUCGGGGUGCACAAGGGGUUUGGCGGCCUCCGUGGCUGGGCCGACACAUAAAUCUUCUAGAACUGCAAGCAGUGUUUCUCACUCUUCAGUUCUUUCUAGAGGAAAUCAGGGGGAGACACGUGCUUGUCCGGACGGACAACACGACAGUGGUGGCUUACAUCAACCACCAGGGUGGUACAAGUUCACCCAGUCUCAACAAGGUGGUCAACAGGCUUCUGGUCUGGGCACACACCCAUCUCCUCUCACUCCGAGCGGUACACCUACCUGGAGUGGUGAACAUUGCCGCAGACCUCCUCUCGAGGCAGGUUCCGGGCGGCGCAGAUUGGAGACUCCAUCCCGAGGUUGUCAGCCUCAUAUGGAAACGGUUUGGGAGGGCGGAGAUCGACCUUUUUGCCUCCCAGGAGUCGACGCAUUGCACCCUGUGGUUCUCCAUAAUGAGAGACGAAGGGUGUCUAGGGGUCGACGCAUUGGCUCACCAAUGGCCAGCGCGCCCACUGUAUGCGUUUCCGCCGAUAGCUUUGAUACCUCUGUGUCUGGAGAAGAUCAGACAGGACAGGGCCACGGUCCUACUAGUAGCACCUCACUGGCCCAAGAGAGCCUGGUUUGCCUCACUGAUACAGCUCCUGUGCGGACAGCCUUGGCAGUUGCCCAGUCGCCGCGACUUGCUCAGCCAGGCACAGGGUGCUCUGUGGCAUCACGACCCAUUGAGCCUACAGCUCUGGGUUUGGCCCCUGAGCGGCUCCAUUUGAGCCGUCUGGGUUUGUCUAAUAGGGUGAUUGACACCCUACAGAACGCUAGGGCUGCCUCCACUCGUUCCCAGUAUGGCUACAAGUGGGGCGUUUUUCAGACAUGGUGUCUGUCGAAGGGAAAGGAUCCCACAAUGUGUCCAAUGGCAUUGAUCUUGCAGUUUUUGCAAGACCUGCUGGACGAUGGGAAGAGCCCUUCUACCCUAAAAGUCUACCUGGCAGCUAUUUCAGCUUGCCAUGUGAAGAUAGACUCAGUCUCCCCAGAAGCACAUUUCCUGGCGGGACAGUUUUUGAAUGGGGCUAGGAGACUCCAUCCUCCAAGGAAGGACGUUGUUCCUCACUGGCGGUUGAAUGUCGUGCUGAAUGCACUAACGAAACCUCCUUUUGAGCCCAUGCAUUCUGCAGAGCUACAGCUUUUGUCUUUUAAGACAGCUUUUUUGGUGGCAGUCACUUCUGCUAAGCGAGUAAGUGAGCUGCAGGCACUUUCCGUCGCAAAAGCCUGUUUAUAUUUUGCGAAAGGCUGGUCACGGGUGACACUCCGGACCAACCCUGCGUUUUUGCCGAAGACUAUUUCGGCUUUCCAUGUCAAUCAGUCGGUGGAGUUGGAGGCUUUUCACCCUCCUCCUUUUCAGUCCGACAGAGACAGAAUGCUCCACACGCUAUGCCCUGUCAGAGCGCUGGCGUAUUAUGUGGAGAGGACAACAAGUUUGCGCCAGUCGGAGCAACUCUUUGUUUGCUACGGUUCUCAGUCCCAAGGUCAGGCUCUGUCUAAACAGUGCCUGUCUAGGUGGCUAACGGAGACCAUGAAGAUUGCGUAUCGACUUGCAAAGUUGCCCCCGCCUGAGAAGAUCACUGGCCAUUCCACUAGAGGGCAGGCCACUUCUUGGGCAAUGUUCCAGGGUGCAUCUGUCAUGGACAUAUGCAAUGCAGCGGUGUGGGCGACCCCCCACACGUUCACGAGGUUCUACAGGAUGAACAUCGUGGAUCCGCUGUGUCCUGGUUUUGGAUCAAGAGUGUUGAGGGCUGCCUCAGUGGUCGUCCCCUCAACUACAGAUUGAUCGGUGAGUAACUUGUCACCUUGGACUGCUAGCGCGGUUAGCUCAUAGAGUCUUGCGCCUGUCCUCACGACAGAUUGGGUAUACUUACCCAUUGGUGAUGGUUAAUAUUUCGUACUUGAAAGAGAACGUUAGGUUAUUAUCAUAACCCUGGUUCUCUGAAAUAGAAAUAUUAACCAUCAGUC